CGUGCAUGACUUCAAACUCCGAAAAUAAUUUUUCAUAUGUUCGGUUCGAUGGUCGCCUUGAGGUCUUGGAAAUGAUGCAAGCGGCUUGAUGGCUCAUGAAAGUCUACUCCGUAUUCUUUUUGUCUGCAGGAUUGCUCAAUAAAACAGGAAACCCCGAGAGCGAUUUCGGCACAGAGGGUUUCAAUUAAUUAUGAUGUUGACAUUCAUUGCAUUCGAUUCGAUCAAGAAUAAUGAAUGACUAUCAGAUAUCUUGAACCAUCGGAACGAAGAAACUAAUCGUCGUUGCAUUGAAUCCCGCGGGCGAUAAAAGUAGCCCCGAUAAAUGACAUCGACAAGCGCAAAAUAAUGAAUGCAGAUCGAGUAUUCGCUUCCUCCACGCUCGCCAGGGGACGCGCUGCGAGGCCGGGACCAGGGCGAAUGAUAAGCUUCUGGAGAAACUGGAAACUCCGUGGGGAAAGUUAUUAUUCCCACGGAACCUCUAGUUACAAGCGUGAUGACAAAUGGAGGGCUCUCGCGCCGAAGUUCCACGGCGAUAUUGGCUGGACAUUGCACAUAGAUCCGAUACGGACUUACUAAUUAUUAUUGAUAUCGAUGUGAAGAAACUUAGAAACCCAAUUCAGGAUAAAUUUUUGUGUAUAUAUAGCCGGGUCGAACAUCUUCUUCUCACGAUGGAUAUCAAGAAGAAAAGUAAAGAAAUUAUCAGCCAGCCCAUACCAAUACCCAAUAUACCUCCUCUCCUCUAUCUAAAAAAGUUACUACCGCCUUCGAGCCUACAGAAGCCAAGAAAAUGGCAUCGCACGCUGAAUUCGGACUCAAAACCACGGCCACAGAGGUUGCCAAAGUGUUUUCUGAUCAGAUUAAAGGAUUGACCGUCCUCAUAACCGGCGUCAACCCCAAAGGCCUCGGCGGCGCCCUCGUCAGGGCAAUUGUAGAAUACAGUCCAGCCCGCAUAAUCAUAACUGGCAGAUCACAAGAGAAACUCGAUGAGAUCUCCAGCGACCUGAACGCCAGGUUCCCAGCGGUACUGAUCACAUCAACCGCCGUGGACCUGUCCUCGCUCCUCUCAGUCCGCAAAGCCGCCGUGAAGAUUAGCAAGGAGGUCGACGCCAUCGACGUCAUCCUCAACAACGCCGGCAUCAUGGCCGUCCCCGAGCGCGAGCUCAGCGAAAACGGCUUCGAACUCCACCUCGCCACGAACCACAUCGGCCACUUCCUCCUCACCAACCUACUCAUGGAUAAGAUUCGGCAGGCCGCCGCGCUGCGCCCGGGCUCCACGCGCAUCAUCAACGUGGCGUCCGACGCCUACCUGUUCACCCCCUUCCGGUUCCAGGACUACAAUUUCAACGGCAAGCCCGUCGCGGCGGACGAGGUGGGUACCGAAGACUGGCUGAAGCGCUUUGGGUAUCCGUUGGAGCCCAUUGUGGGGUACGAUUCGAUGAUUGCCUAUGGACAGUCGAAGACGGCGAAUUUGCUCUUUACGACGUAUCUGGCGAAACACCUUGCAAGCGAGGGGAUUGCUUCCUUCGCGCUGCAUCCAGGAGUGAUCCACACAGAGCUGGGACGAUAUAUGUCCCCAGAAAACUUCGGUGCCCUGGCCGAUGUCAUUCCACACUGGAAAACCACGGACGGAGGAGCUGCGACAUCAGUGGUUGCGGCGUUCGAUCCUGCGCUAAAAGCUCAUUCCGGCGGCUUUCUUAUGGAUUGUCAACUCAUAACUCCAACACCGUAUUCUACCGAUAUAGAGAAGGCGGAGAAGCUGUGGAAGCUGACGGAGAAGCUUGUGGGGCAGGAAUUCGCCCUGUGAGAGAUGGGGAUGAGGAGUAUGACAUGACAUGACUAUACGGUACUCUAUACAAUGCGACAUAGAUGUAGAUAGAUAUUUCUUUUCUUGGUGCGUGACGAGGGGAGCGGGCGUGGGAUUUGGGUGAUGAGGUAGUCAGUCCUAUUCAUCAUCUCGGCAUAGCAUGGCAAUUGUUUAGUUCCUUUCAUUAUAAUAUAUAGUUAUAUCUAUUUAUGAAAUCAUGAAAAUCUUAUAAUUAGAAGCGCACCCUGUCAAAUGUGCUCUAUCU